AUGAGCCCAACUGGCUCGCCUUCUGCAGCGACCAGUGAAGACUUCGAAGACUCGCGAGGCGACAACGAAGACCUUGAAGAAUACUCAGAGGCACGAGCUGGCAGAACUGAAGAAGCAGCUCGCGACGCGAGCGCCCCGUUCCCCUCCAUGUCGGAUACUAGCAUGGAAACCGCACCUCCAUCACCGAAGAAGCCUAAAAUCAAGGACGUACGCUGCUCGAACUUCAAGGGAAACGAGGUUUACCCUGGGUUAGGAGCUGGCUUCGAGAAUUUCAUCCACGAGUUCGAGCAUGCAAUAAGGACGGAGGAGCUCGUGAACGGAUCCACCUGGACCGACGACAUCAAGGCAUCGGUGAUUGUCAACUUCCUCGAGGGGAAAGCGUCUAGGUACUAUCACAAGAAGAACUCAGAGUGGCUGCGCCGUCAUAAUGGUGACAGCAUGCCAUACUCAGAUGUGAAGCGCGCGAUGCGUGCAGAGUUUGGCUGUAAACUAAGCCAACUCGAACUCAGCACGAAGAUGCAGUAUAACAAGCGUGAAGGCGAUACGUGGCAUGACUACCUGGAAUACUUGAACUUCAUCGAGAGCCUCAUGGAAGGUGAUCAGACCAAGAUGGUCAUGGAGGUGUUCGGAAACAAUGCAUGCCCCGAGUUAGCGCCCACGCUGUUGUCUUCAGUGCCCGACGACGCAAGCGAUUACGUUGCGGAAACCGAUCGCAUGAAGCGACUGCUAUACAAGCUGAAAGGUGAC